AGAUGGCUGCGCCCAGUGGUGGAUUCAAGCCUCGUGAACGAAGCGGUGGGGAGCAGGCACAGGACUGGGAUGCUGUGCCACCCAAGCGGCCCCGACUAGGGGCAGGAAACAAGAUCGGAGGCCGUAGGCUUAUCGUGGUGCUGGAAGGGGCCAGUCUGGAGACAGUCAAGGUAGGGAAGACAUAUGAGCUACUCAACUGUGACAAGCACAAGUCUAUAUUGUUGAAGAAUGGACGGGACCCUGGGGAAGUGCGGCCAGACAUCGCCCACCAGAGUUUGCUGAUGCUGAUGGAUAGUCCCCUGAACCGAGCUGGCUUGCUACAGGUUUAUAUCCAUACACAGAAGAAUGUUCUGAUUGAAGUGAAUCCCCAGACCCGAAUUCCCAGAACCUUUGACCGCUUUUGUGGCCUCAUGGUUCAACUUUUACACAAGCUCAGUGUUCGAGCAGCUGAUGGCCCCCAGAAGCUCUUGAAGGUAAUUAAGAAUCCAGUAUCAGAUCACUUUCCAGUUGGAUGUAUGAAAGUUGGCACUUCUUUUUCCAUCCCGGUUGUCAGUGAUGUGCGUGAGCUGGUGCCCAGCAGUGAUCCUAUUGUUUUUGUGGUAGGGGCCUUUGCCCAUGGCAAGGUCAGUGUGGAGUAUACAGAGAAGAUGGUGUCCAUCAGCAACUAUCCCCUUUCUGCUGCCCUCACCUGUGCAAAACUUACCACAGCCUUUGAGGAAGUAUGGGGGGUCAUUUGACAGUAGUAGAACCCGUUCUGAAACCAGAAACUGUUGAGGUCACAUCCUUUGACCCUGGUCUGAGCCGACUGCUGGAAGAUGAUCUUUCUGCACUGAGACUGGAGUUUGGGGAAGCCAAGGCUGUACAUUUGCUAUUUGUUUAUCCUAUGAAUACUGUUCUUGCAAACCUGGUUGUUUUGGGGUUCCUAAAGUAUCUAAUGGUGUAAAACUGUUUGUUCCCCUGGGACUUCAGGGACAGAUACGAGGUUACAGAGUUUACAGUUUGGUUCCAUGCUUUGAAGGCAGGCUUUAGCUCCUAGAUUCCUGUGCGCUAAAGGAGAGAACCCUGAUAAUCAGCCACGGCAAGGGUGGAGAAGAACUGUGAAAGACAGCAGUCAGGAAUGCUGGUGGUGAAAAACUGAACAAACAGAAGUGAUUUUAUCUAAUACAGUUCCAAGGUAGAAAAAGUGGAGCAGGUAGGGCCUCGCACCCCUCUCCGCCCCCCCAUGGGGGGGGUGGUGGUAGCGGCACAUACACAAUCAUAGUAACUUGGCAGAAGAAAAACACAAUAGAUUCCUGGCUAGAUGGGGAGAGAUAAGGCAAUGUUCAUGGGGGAGCCAGAGGGGAGAUGUGGACCCCUCUGCUCCUCCCACAAGAGUUUCCCCUUUGGGCCAGGCAUGGUGGCUCACGCCUGUAAUCCCAGCACUUUGGGAGGCGGAGGCGGGCGGAUCACUUGAGGUCAGGAGUUCGAGACCAGCCUGGCCAACGUGGUGAAACCCCGUUUCUACUGAAAAUACAAAAAUUAGCUGGGCGUGGUGGCACGCCUGUAUUCCCAGCUACUUGGGAGGCUGAGGCAGGAAAAUCACUUGAACCUGGGAGGUGGAGGUUGCGGUGAGCUGAGAUCGCGCCACUGCAUUCCAGCGUGGGUGACAGAGCAAGACUCCUUCUUCAAAAAAAAAGCUUCCCCUUUGGCCCCAAAUGAAGACUUGGCUGGCAGCAGAGGCACAACUGGAAGCAUCGAUCUUCCACCUCCCUGGCUUUUCCAUUCUCUGUGCUCUGGGGCAAAGGAGUGCUAUGAAAAGGGAGAUAAGUAGUUUCUGCACCAGUCCUGCAUAGGCCACCUGCAAGACAAGACAUAGGAUUGGAAGGCUGGUUAGUUACUCCCCUACUUCCUGGUCUGUAGCCCUUCCAGAUGUUUCCUAGCAUGCCUCAGUAAGUCACAGCAGUCAUUGCCCAUACUGUGUCCCUUGGUAGCCAGGCUAAUCCUUGGAAUUCACCCCAGAUUUCUAAUACUAUUUUUUUCCCCA